AUUGCAUCCGUUACGGAUGUGAAAAGUAACAAUACUUGCUUGUUUACGUGCACAGGUCACCGGGGUGUAGUUAUCUUGUCAGUUAACCAAAGUAGAGAAACAGAGAAGGUUUACAAAAUGAUUCUCUCUCAAGUUAACCUUGCAUUAUGUUUGGGGGUGAUUUUGUUGACGUGGCCUGCAACUUUGCAUGGAUGUAGACACACAAAUCGCAAACGCGAGGACCGGGGCUUAAAAGAAUGUCUGUCCCACUGGAACAUCCAAACCGAUACCAACGUCGUUGACCUACAGAAGACAUUGUUUGAUGCAAACUUAACCCACGUCUGUCGAACUGAUGCAAUAGACUCGGCUGAGCAGUGUGUUACUACCGUGCCAGUGGAUAAGUGUCCAUCUGUUCUUCUGUUCUGGCACCAUCUCAUCGGUCCAGUUAAUCAGGCCUGCGAAAACACCAAAGAUUUUACGAAUUCGUUAGCGUGCAUUGACAAAAAAAGACUGACAUUAUGUCAAGGCAUAACCCACAGUAUAGGUCCUUACAGUAGAAGAAGAAGGGACAACGAGAGAAACUGCGAGGCCAUAUCGAGCUAUCAAACUUGUAUGAAUCAGAUAUUGCAGAAAGACCCUGGCUGCGAAGAUGAUGCUGUAAAACCGCUUGUAAACGCCGUGGGCCUCCAUCUUCUUCAUCUCGGAGUGUAUUACGAGUGUGCCCAAGAUUACCCUUUCACUUUACCACCAGAAGAUACUUUAAAGGGCCUCCCUUACGACACACCACUGGGAUUUGGAUCGGAUUUCUUUGACUGAGGUUUUCCCAUUCACGAUCUCAUCAGACAUUACGGAGCCAUACUUCCAGAUUAUAUGGCUUCCCAUACAGAAGAGCCGCCAUCUGUCGCCAGGAAAAACUAACUUAUCGAUCUGUCAACCAUUUGAACUAUGGUAUUCAUUCACAACAAAUGAGGGCAAUCAAUUUGCGAAAGAUACCAAUCUAUCUGCAGCAUGGAUUGAAAGAAACUUUUUUUUCAUCUUUUAAACAUUUUAAUGUUGUAUACAUUGUAUAAUUUUGACUAGGUAUGAUAAACAUAAACAAUUAUUAUAACAUAUAUUAUAAAUCAAUGAAAGCAUUAUGACCUUUACAAAGAACACACAGUCAUACAGCAUAACAGGAAAAAAUACUUGUAUAACUGCUCAGUAAGAAAAACCCAUACUGGGUUGUACUUAGUAGUGAAUGCAUAAGAGAAAAUCAAUGAAGAUGUCCUGUUAAAUAUACUCUUGUUCAACAAACAUGCAGAUUCAAAAAUUUAAAAAAAAAAAUGAACAGUUCAAAUUGCAUUCAGAAUAUUGCACAAAGACAAUAAUAUCAUUUUACAGCAAAGUCAUAAUCUUUGGUUGAGAAUAAAAGCAGUUCCGUGCGUAGUACCUUAACAUGAAUUAAUGAACUAUUAUGAAUGCAAGUAUUCUUUUUAAUCAAAUCUACAUAACAUAAUUGUAUAAAAAAUCUACACUGUAAUGAAAAGCAUUUUCUAGUUAAAUGUUUAAGUUUGCAAGCAUUACAUAUGUAAAAUAUGUGGCAAAUUUUGGCACAAAAACACAAUCACUUUAAUAUCAAUCUAUGAUAAAUAAUGCUGCUUCCAAAAAAAUAUUUAUAUUAAAUUUUUUAAUUGUUGCAUGACUUUCAAACUAGUGCUUGGUAUCAUAAACUGCAAACAACUUAGAAAUGCUUUAGGGUUUGAUUUGUACAAAUUAACAAACCAAGGCACAAACUUUUGUAGAGUACUGUACAAAGUAUAAAUAUAAUAAGCAAGCACUUCCACAUUUACAUAUCGUCUAAUACAGUACACAUGUAUUUGGAAUGGUUGUCAAUGAUUUUUGUGCCAAGCCAACUAGUCUGUUCCAUUUUUUUGUGGCAAAAUGGAUCCAAUUUUGUAUUCUCAUGACACUAAUAAAUAAUCCUCUGUAAUAGAU